ACAAAGAGAAUUUUAUUUUAUUUGUAGAAUUUGAAAACAAGUGAUCUCAAACGCAUUACUGAAUUCUCUAUGUAUUUGAUAUGAUAAAAGUAUUCAACUGCAAAAUUCAAAUUCGUUGCAGUGUUCAUCCACGAAUAUAUGAAGAUGAACUUUGCAACAAGUUCGAAACAUCAACAUAAAACUAAAGACAUGGAUAUAUCUCUACUAGCAACGUUGAUUAUUAUUCAUAAAAAUAAUCCACUAGUAAUUCCUAGUAGAAAAUACAUUUUUCAAAAUCCUCAUUAUUUAAGUGAUUCAUCUCAUUUUGGAUACAGAGAAAUGGAAGGAGGACCCAGUCCUAACUUUUAUUCUUUACCAACAACAUUUGGAUAUUCAAAUCAUAUUUUAACUAAAUAUCGAAAUCCAGCUCCAACAAUCGGUAGAAAAAUUCAGGAUACUUUAAAUUAUGGACAUGGGAUGCUUUACAAUAUUAGAGAUCAAACUCGUUAUGGUAAAGUAUAUCAACGAAAUUAUAACUUCAGUAAAAGGUCAAUUAAAGUUAAAGAUUUUGUACCUGGCCCUAAUGUAUACUAUCCUGAAAAAGCAUUAAAUAUUGUAAAGCCAAAAGGAACACAAAUUUCAAUGAAGAGCCGUACAAAUAUUAAGAAUACAUUAAUAGGAAAUCCAGCUCCAAAUAUGUAUACAUUAACAAGUUCCAUAAAAAUUCAACAUGAAAAUAGGAUGCCUAUAAUUUCUAAACCACUAGUAAUCACUACACAGUGGCAGGCACCAGCACCCAAUAUUUAUCAUUUGCCGACAACCAAUAAAUAUAAGUAUCCAAAUGCAAUGGAGGUAAAAAUGAAGCAUAAAAUAAAUUACACAAAUAAUAACAAAUGUACACCAGCACCAAACUUAUAUAAUACUAAUAAUAAAUUCAAAACACAACCUAGGGGAAAAUCAUUUGGCCAAAAUACAAAUUUUAAUAAAAUUGUAUACUUGACAGCUGACGACCUAAAACAAUGA